UUUGCACAGUGCUCUAUACAGUAUGUAUGUCACGAGUGUUGUUCUGUGAUUGUAGAGCUCCAUGUGCUCCAGAGAAAAUCUGGUUGUGAACUGGAGAAAUGUAAUGGAACAGUGACGAGUCUGAGAGCAUUUGAUGAAUAUGGAUUUGAUGGAGAGGAUUUUAUUGCCUUUAAUUCUGACACGUUGCAGUGGAUUGAUAAAAACCCCAAAGCCAAAGAAACCAAAAUCAAAUGGGAUCAGCAAACAGAACGCAAUGAACUCCUGCAGCAUUUCCUCAAGACCUGCAUGAACUGGAUCUCCACAGUUAAUAACACUAAAAAGACUCCACCAGAUGUUCAUGUGUUUGUGAGGAAAGCUCCUGAUGAUGAUAGUAAGAUGAAUCUGUGGUGUCUGGCCACUGGUUUCUACCCCAGAGAUAUUGAGAUGAACAUCAGAUUGGACAAAAUUAACACAGAAAACAAGAUAUCAUCUGGAAUCAGACCAAAUGAUGAUGGAUCGUUUCAGAUGAGAGUCAGUGUGGAGAUCGACAGAAACCUGAGAGGAUCUUAUGACUGUUUUGUCAUUCACAGGGGUCUGACAGAACCAGCUGUAGUAGAAUGGGAAGGGAAUUAUGCUGACUGUGAAACAGAAUCUCAGUGGUCUUUGAAAGCAGUAUUAAUAACAGUUUCAACAGUUCUCGUUCUCAUUGUGAUCUCUUACUGCAUCUACCGAAGGAAACGGUUAAAUGGUGGUGAGUUAUAAAUAUUCAACACUUUUCCUUUUAGAUGUUUUGUUUUUAAAUAGCAUUGUUUGAAAGACCUUUCA